AUGACAGCCUCUGCCUCGUUCAAUGACGCUUUUCAGUCGGCAGUUGCAUCCGGCCCUGAGCGCCUGCUGCCCGGUGUGGCUCUCGGUGCUGCAAGAGCACUUCGAAAGGCUGCUACUUCGGAACCAGAUGACUUUCUUGCUGCAUUUGGCACACUGCAGCUUGACUCCACGUCGCCACCAGUAUCGACGAAGACGACCUGCGUCGAGCGUGGGCUGUUUUCGCUCGACGAACCCACUGACACCGAUCGUUUACUGCCUGAAUGGAAGAAUUCUGUUGUCCUGACUGGCUGGAACGCUGAUGAACCUAUCUUACAACCUGCAAAAGAAAGGUUGACAUUGCGAAGAUUGCUGACGCAUACGAGCGGAGUCGGCUACGACUUUCUCGCGGCUGACCUCGUGAAGUGGAGGCAGCAUCGCAACGAAGAAAGUCUCUUCAUGCGCACACCUAUUACGCAGUGCUUUGCGACACCUCUCAUCUUUGAGCCCGGCUCCGGCUUCGCAUAUGGUGGCGGGCUGGAGCUUGUGGGCUUGAUGAUCGCGAGGGCCAACAACUGCACGCUGGAAGCAUACAUGCGCCAAUACAUCUUUGAUGUGUUGGGGAUGGAUAAGACUUCCUUCUACGUCAAGCACAACAAUAUCGAGCAGGAGUUGAUGCCGAUGACCACCCGUCUUGCACCUGAUGCAGCUCUCAUACCUGGCAACCCACCAGAUAUGCCACUGGCACAGCCGCUGGAUCCUCAAGAUGAGUUCGGUGGCGGAGGUUUGUUCGGCAAUACCGAAGACUACCUCGCACUUCUAAAGUCGCUUCUCCGGAACGAUGGCAAGCUUCUCAAGUCGGAAAGUAUCGAGCUCUUGUUUGCUCCAUGUAUACCACCCGCGGCGCAGGAGUCGCUCGAUCAGACGCUGUCCGUCCCAGCCUACGCUGCCAUCAUGAUUCCAGGCGAUGCUCCGUUUGGCACUCCUGGUGCGCGAAAAUGGUCUCAUGCUUUGGGCGGUCUAGUAGCACUCGAAGAUGAUGCCGAAGGAGGCUUGAAGGCUGGCACCUUGCGAUGGGGAGGUGCACCGAAUCUGAAGUGGUGGAUCGAUCGCAAGGGCGGUACUUGCGGCAUCUUCGCAACGCAGCUUUUGCCCGCUGGCGAAACCCGACACGCGUACCUGGGCAAGAUGUUUGAGAGAGCGGUAGCUGCGAUGUAG